UUGGCUGAGCGUUCGCCGCUCGCGGCAACCAGCCCGUGAACCAGCCAGCCUCGGGUAUGCAGGUAUGCGAGAGCUGCCUCAGCUACACUAGCGCCAGACUUUCAGAACGUCCUAUUCGAAACACGAAACUGGUAUUGUGUAUACGUGGGUUGUGGAGUGCGUCUUAUGCGAACCACCUGUUAAUUUUAGCGUAAAAAGUACAAUUCAAGGUGUUACAAUAGUGUUGCGACGUACAUAAGUGAUUUUUACUGUGGUGGAGAUCUAAACGUGAAGUGAUAAUCAAAUAAAAACUUAUUGUAAUAGCUCUUUCAUUUAGACGUUUAGCGGUGGCAAGUUCCAUCUCAGGUGAUAGAAUGGAGAAGGACCGUCCCUGCUACAGGUCCACAGCCCUGCUGGGGGCGUAGUCCAGAGCCAUGCCGGGAGUUCCAGAAGUCACUCCAGACCAUCACUGGGACGAUCAACUCAGUACAUAUUCUGAAAAUCCAUCCGACAUGUUACCAUAUCAUCGAUCUAGUGUCCAUUCUAAUGGAUACUCAACAGAUGGCCAACAGAGUGUGGUGGGUGAAGAUACACCCACCUAUGUCAUGGAGCAUUUGGCCACAUUCACAGUUUCGAAGGAGACAGGUAUUGUCUAUCCUGCUGAUGGCAUGAGGAAGUUACUACAACUAGAAAAAUCCAAUGGAAUUUGGUCACAGAAAAUGCAAAUGCGCUUAGAUCGAAACUGGGUUCUCAUUAUGGAUUUUGAAAGUGGGGCAGUUAUGGAAAGGUUUCCAGUAUCACUCAUCCAAGAACCUACUGCCUUCACAAGUCAUGAUCCUAUGGAAAUCUACAACAAUAUUUUAGUUUUCAUUGUGGGGGAAGAACGUCCGGAUAGAUCUAGUUCUCGCUCAGAGAUGCACAUUUUCCAGUGCCAACGCAUUUCUGCUGAAGAAUUGGUGGAGGACUUGAAGAUGUUGAGGGUGGGCAAAGUGCCCCCAGGCCGUCAGUCGCGGCAUAUCCCUCCACCUCCCGCCACCCCUCCUCCGGAGCCUCCUAACAAUGGCAUUAAUGUUCGUGAGCAAGUCUCUGUUUUCAAUGCAACAUCUCAUCAAGCAGAUCCACGAGGUGCUCAUGCAGAACUGGGACCUGGCAUGUAUCCUCCUCGAGAUAGAAACCUGAAUGAUGAAACAAGCAGUACUUCAAGUGAAAAAUAUGAAAGAGAUGUAACAAUUUUAAAUCACUGUUUCGAUGAUAUUGAGAAAUUCAUUGCUCGCUUGCAACAUGCUGCUGCAGCAUCACGAGAACUUGAACGUCGACGAAGAAGUCGCAAAUCGAAAAAGAAGGAUUUGGGUGAUGGAAUGCUGACUAUGCGUGCAAAACCUCCCCCAGAAGUGGACUUUAUUGAUAUCUUUCAGAAAUUCAAGUUGUCAUUCAACUUGCUGGCGAAAUUGAAAGCUCACAUUCAUGAUCCAAAUGCUCCGGAGUUGGUUCAUUUCUUGUUUACACCUCUGGCACUUAUUGUGGAUGCAUCUCAUGACACUCACUAUGGCCCAAACCUGCCAGCAAAGGUAGUGUCUCCUUUGUUGUCCAGAGAAGCUGUAAACUUGCUCAUAAACUGUGUGACCAGCAAAGAAACGGAACUAUGGCAGUCUCUUGGAGACCCAUGGCUAAUACCAAGGGAACAGUGGAAGUAUUUUGUUGACCCAUAUCACCCAAAAUUCACUGAUGGCUGGAUACCAGAAUUUCCUGUGGGUGAUGAGAAGGAUCCUUUGGCUUUACCUUCCCCUCCAGAGGACAAGAGAGCUGGGCAUGAGCCCGACCUGCCUGAACAACAUUACCACCGUGAGCCUGAACGAGACGAUUCUCACUAUAGCAGUGAUUAUUUUGAUUACGAACAGCAAGAAGCUUCUCCCCCUGAUGGAGGAAGGUACCAUGGAGGUCGCCCUGAACGGUAUCGUGAUGAAAGGGAGCGGUCACAAAGUCCUGGCGGGUCUGAACAUGAUUUCCCGUUGGGGCCUCCAAUGAGCAGUGUGCCAGUGACUUCUCGUGACAUUAGUGCCCGCAGCGACAUUUCGGCUGAUUCCAUUGAACGUAAUGGAGGAGGAGAGAGCCAACAACGAUUUGAGCGAGCACAGUCUCGCUGGCUUGAGGAGUUACGUUCUAGAGGAGCAAAAAUUGUUCAAGUCACCUAUCCCAGAACAGCAAACAACGACAAAGAGCUUACUGUAAUCAGAGGAGAAUAUUUAGAAGUAGUGGAUGACAGUCGGAAGUGGUGGAAAGCUCGUAAUAGUAGGGGACAUGUAGCUCAUGUUCCACACACUAUUGUAACACCAUAUCAACCUGGAGGUGGUGAACCUGGUGAUGUUUUCAGUGAACCGUUGCACCCAGGACGUGGGUAUGAUCGUCAUUAUCCUGGCCAGGACUCUCCUCGUGAUUCUGGCACUACUGUAGAUGGGCGCCCCACACGCUCUCCUCCUAUCCCUCCCCCUGCACCUGCUGAUUGGGUGCGUAAGAAGCAUCUGGGCAAGAAAGAUGAUCCAGAUCUUAGUUCAGAUGAAGAUGGUCUGCCAGUAACAUCUAGAUCCAAUGCUCCUCCGCCACCACCUCUUCCUGCUCCUGGAGCUAUUUCUGCUCCCUCUUCUCCUAAGCUAACUCGAUCUAAGAGUAAUUCAAAUCUUACAAGAAAUACUAGCAGUACUGACCUUGAAAUGCAAGAGGAAUUGAAGAAUGUAUUGACAAUGUUUCGAAAUAAGCGUCGAAAUUUGGAUAUUGUCAGAACACCUGAAGUUUAUAUUGAUCCCCAAUCCAGCCCAGAGGAUGUCAAAAAGUGGCUUAAAGACAAAGGCUUUAGUGAUGAUGUAUGCAAAAGACUGAAUGGAAUGAGUGGAAAUGAGUUAUUUGAUCUGAAUCGUGAACAGCUAGAAAAAUAUUGUGGAAUUAGAGAGGGUCGCCGUCUGGAUUCACAACUAACAAUACAAAGGAAUGUGUCUGGGUACAAGACAGCACGCUCCUCAGAGUUACGUGCUAUUUUGGCCAAAGUUCGUUCCAAAGUUGAAACUCCAACUCCACCUGAGAAGCCUUCCUCUGGAAAUUUAAAGGCAUCUCCCCCUCCCACAUUAACCCAGCCUCCUACUGCUUUUCAUCCUCCUUCUCCUCGUCCUUCUCCUCAUCCUCCAUCUCCUCGCCCUCCUUCACCUCGUGCUCCAACUCCACCUGCUCCGUCUUCCGUAUCACCAGCUCCACCUCCCCAUGGAUCAAUUGGCAGACAGAAAUUUACUCCUCCACCACCACCACCUCCAAAUCCUGCAUCAUUACAAGAUGAUGAUGAUGAUUAUGAUGAUACACCCGGUAAUACAUCAACAUUAGGGGAUCUUCUGAAGAAACAGCGACUUAAAAUGCAAAAUCGAAAUUGAUGAAAGUGCUCUGUAAAGUUCCUAAAUUCAAUGUUCCAAGCAUGUCAUUUUGAAGUAACAUGCAACAAUUACCGAAUAGAAAGCACACUGAUCUUAUCUAGUGUACUUUAGGACUUCUAGGAGAUAUACUUCAGUGAUGGAUCAAUUGUCUCUCUACUCAGUUAACUUGUAAGUGAAAAGUGCUCAAAGGAAAGCAAAAGAUGUUCAAUUUGAGCAUGAUUUUGAAGAAAGUUCACCACUUAAUUCUUAAUACCUGUUAAGAAUGUUAAAUAAACAGUUUUCAUUUUUAUAGUGCCUAAUUGCUCCUUAAGUCUCGGGUUACGUAAUGAUGGAAGUUGUGUUUUAACUUGUGCCUUAGAUUUCAUGUAGAAAAGCUAAAGAAUUUGAACAAAUUAAUGUUUGUAUCGGUUAAGUUUGUUAUACUGGAGGCUUUAUUAUACUGGUGUAUACUUUUCCUUUCAGUUUAUAAUGUAGUUCUUGGAGUCAUUUUAUAGAUUGUUAUACGUACUUUCAUAAAAAUAGUUCUAAAUAUUAUUCAUGAUUUUGUUCAAGAUUGAAGUGCCAAAGUUUUGUGUUUGUAUUCUCUUAUAAUUUCAAUAUUUUGUUAUAUGAGGUCAUAAUUUCAAAUUAAUUUUGAAAAUGAGCCAAAUUGUACAUACAACCUCUAAAAAUGUAUUGUGAAUGAUAUUUCAUGAAAUAUUGGGAUACAAUUGUACUAACAGGAACAUCCUACUCAAAGGAAAUUUGAAAGUAAAGAACUGUAUUAGAAAAUGAUUUUUUAUCUGACUCUUCAUUUUUGUCCAUGACAUCUCCUUAGAAUAUGUUUCCAUAAAUUAGUGUGCUAGAAAAAUUGUAAUGUGAAGUAAUUAUUUUCAAUUUUAUAAACAACUUUAUUUCUUGGAAUCAUUAUGACAGGUAAUGUUAUGUCUUUAGAAGUAAAACAAUAGAAGAUGGACAAGAAGUAAAAUGAGUAAUUGGUUCAUUUUGUUUGGUAUUGAUUAAUAUAUUGCAUUGAUUUUGUUAACAUAAACUUAUGCAUCAACUUUUCUCUUUUAAAUUUUAUUCAUGAAUAAUAUCAUAAGCAUAAAAAAAUGUGAACCCAAAAGUAAAAGAAAUUUACUUUUUGUACAAAUACAUAUUUUUUGGAUAUAUGUUGGGUUAUAUAAAAAAAUACACAUUAUCUAGGAACUCUCAUAUAAUUUCCAAUUUAUUAACAUUAUUUUUCGGUGUUACAGGUACAAUUAAAUCACAUUUUGGGUGUAAAAAUCCUAAUGAGUUUUAUGUAAUGUUGUUGUCCUAGAAAAUGGUUUUAAGACAUAUUUGUAUUUGAGCUAACUUAUCCUUAAUGGGAAGUUACUAGUAAUUCCUUUCAUCAGUUAAUAUUUCACUAAAACUGGGUACAAAAUGUAUUAGUGCUAUUUUUAUGUACAUAAUAUGUACAUUAUGUACAUUUGUCUCUUUAAUCAAAUAAGUUUCUUCUUCCUGCAGUGUUCUUUUUUAUAUUCUGUUCUUGUAUUAUAUACACGGUAACAUAUGUUUGUAAAGUAGUAGUUGGGAGACUUAAAACAUGAUAAGACUGUAACAUUUUCUGGGAGUGACACAAUCAUUCCCUAAUUUAUAUUUGAUCAGUUAUCUAUUUAAAUGUACAAGACAUAUCUUUAUAUUAAAACUAUGUAUGAAAAAACAGUCUUGUAUUUAUCACUGGUCUCUAUUUACACAAAUAUCUCAUGGUCUGAUGUAUGGAUCCCUGAAUCAUAGGAAUCUUGACAGCCGUGCUGAGGAGCACUGGAUUUUAUGCGAUACGAGCGAUUCCUAGCAAUAGGUGGGUAAGACACAUGGUGUCGCACAAAACUUGAAGAAUGCUGGAACAAGAAAUACAUAAUUUUUAAAAAACAGUAAUAGUCUUUACCAAA